ACCCCCCCGCCGCCGCCGCCCCCGCCCCGUCGAUGCCUUCCAUCGCCGCCGUCCCUGAGCCCAUGGCCGUCGACGACUCCGCCUCCAAGAAGGCCAAGCGCAAGCAGCUCAAGGCCGAGGCCGCCGCCGCCGAGGCAGCCGCCGCCGCCGCCGCCGCCUCCGGCAAGAAGGAGAAGAAGGACAAGAAAGACAAGAAGCGGAAGAUCAAGGAGCCGGCCUCCUCCGACGAGGAGGGCCAGAGCAGCACCAGCUCCGAGUCGGAGCCGGCGCCCGCCGCCAAGAAGGCCAAGAAGGAGAAGAAGGACAAGAAGGCCAAGGCCGAGGAGCCGGCCAACGACGAUGGGGAGCUCACCGCCAGCGGCGAGGAGGAGGAGCCCGCCGACCCCAACGCGCUCGCCAACUUCCGGAUUUCCGAGCCGCUCAAGGACAAGCUCAAGUCCAAGGGCAUCAACGCGCUCUUCCCCAUCCAGGCCACCACCUUCGGCCUCGUCCUCGACGGCAAGGACCUUGUCGGCCGGGCGCGCACCGGACAGGGGAAAACGCUUGCUUUUGUUCUACCCAUAUUGGAAUCAUUGGUUAAUGGGCCACACAAGGCAACCAGAAGGACUGAUUACGGCAGGCCUCCGAGCGUUUUGGUUCUGCUGCCAACCAGAGAGCUAGCCAAUCAGGUGCAUGCUGACUUCGAGUUCUAUGGUGGAACAUUUGGGCUCUCUACAUGCUGUGCUUAUGGAGGUUCCCCCUAUCGCCCUCAAGAGAAUGCAUUGAGAAACGGGGUUGACAUUGUUGUUGGGACUCCUGGCCGUGUCAAGGAUCUUAUUCAAAAGAACAAACUCAACUUGUGGUGCUUGAAAUUCCGUGUCCUUGAUGAGGCUGAUGAAAUGCUUAACAUGGGGUUUAAGGACGAUGUUGAGCUUAUUCUUGGCAAGGUUGAAGAUGUUACUAAAGUACAGACGCUUCUGUUCAGUGCUACUCUACCUGAUUGGGUAAAGAAGCUCUCAAUGAGCUUCCUGAAAGCCGACAGGAAAACAGUUGAUCUUGUUGGCAAUGAGAAAAUGAAAGCUAGUGCAUCUGUUAGGCAUCUUGCUCUUCCUUGCAACAAGGCCGCAAGGUCACAGAUUAUUCCAGACAUCAUAAAAUGCUACAGCCAUGGAGGACGUACCAUUAUUUUCACCGAGACAAAAGAAUCUGCAUCUGAGCUCUCUAGUUUGAUUCCUGGAUCCCGUGCCCUGCAUGGAGAUAUCGCACAAGCUCAACGUGAAGUCGUCAUUGCUGGAUUUAGGAGCGGGAAGUUCCUUGUUUUGGUUGCUACAAAUGUGGCAGCAAGAGGCCUUGACAUUAAUGAUGUGCAGCUUAUCAUUCAGUGUGAACCUCCACGUGAUGUUGAAGCCUACAUACAUCGGUCAGGUCGGACAGGGAGGGCUGGCAAUACUGGCAUUGCAGUCAUGCUUUUUGAUCCCAGAUAUAAAUUCGGUGUGAGCAGAAUAGAGAGGGAGUCUGGGGUGAAGUUUGAACAUAUAUCUGCACCGCAGCCUACUGAUGUGGCACAAUCUGCUGGCAAUGAAGCAGCAGAGGCCAUUUCAAGUGUUUCUGACAGUGUUAUUCCUGUUUUUCGGCAACAAGCAGAGGAACUGCUAAGCUCCUCCAGCAUGUCUGCAGUCGAUCUACUAGCCAAAGCACUGGCAAAGGCAGUUGGCUACACUGACAUAAAGAAGAGAUCUUUGCUUUCAUCUAUGGAGAACCAUACUACGUUACACCUUCAAACUGGCAGAUCGAUGUAUACACCAUCGUUCGUCAUUAGUACAUUGAAAAGGUUCAUGCCAGAAGAUAGGCUUUCAAGCGUACAUGGUAUAACCCUCACUUCUGACGGGACAAGCGCUGUAUUUGAUGUUCCUUCAGCAGAGGUUCAAGAUUACAUUCAAGGCGCGGAGAACGCAGCCGGGUUGACAAUUGAUGAAGUGAAGCAACUGCCAGCCUUGCAAGAGAGGGAGCAGUCCAAGGGUAACUUUGGUGGGUCGAGGUUUGGCCGUGGAGGUGGUGGAAGGAGAUUCGGCGGGGGCGGAGGCGGGCGAUUUGGUGGUGGAAGAGGCAGGGGAGGCGGUGGUGGGAGGUUUAACAGGAGGUGAAGAUCUAUAAGAGUAUAAUCUAUUUUUGACGGGAGUUUGAGAGAUGAAAGAAGGCACAGGGAAUCGUCAAAGUUUUGACUGCGCCGUGUAUCCGGGUUUUUGUUUUGUUUUAUUUGUUAGUGCUUUGCCCCCGAGAUUAUGACGAUCAAGCUUGCCAAACUGAAACAGUGUAAAAUAUUUGAUCUGAUACUCAGCCGCUGUUAUGAAGGAGUAUACUUCGAUGUUGUGUUGUUU